AUACCUAGAAGUGAACGUCACUGUGAAAUGUUGUCAUUUUACAUGAGAGUUUUAUAGAAAACACUUUUAAUUUUUUUUAAUAGUAUGAGCGACUCGCAUAGUACGGGAGAACAACCGAAUAAGGAACAAUUCUCCAAUGAAAUCGCGACGGAAGAGUAUUGCGUAACGGUCGAUGAUGUAGAAACGAAUGAGUUCGAAGUAUCCCCAAAACCAUCUUUGCCAGAUGUGGCGGAGAAAGAACUCACUCAAAAAGUUGAGGCGCAACCAGACGACAACAUUGAUUUGGAACAGGAAGCACCAGAAGAGAAAAAUCCGGAAACUGAAGAACCAGAAAAGGAAAAAAACGAUGAUAAUCUCGAGGGUGGUUUUUUUGCAGCAGCUGCACCUGAAGAGGCAGAAAAGCAAAAUGUGGUAGAAGAGAUUUCCGGUAUGACGGAAAUUUCAGAAAACGCUUCAAGGACUUCAAUCAGCCCGGAAGAGGCUGUGGUAGCUUUGGAAGAAACUACUACUGAAGCGGAAGAAAGAAAAAUCGAAGAUUCAGUUGAGGCUAAAAGUGAUAUAACAAGAGAAUCUAUACAAGUCAGAGAUGCUAGCGAAUCUCAACAAAUUCCCGACCUCCAGGCACCCAUGAACAGGUCAACCUUAGCUAUUAGACCUUCCUUGAUGCCCAGGUUUCAUGACAGUCGUCCAAGUAGGGCAAGCAGCAGGACAGCAUCCAGAAAAUCAUCGUUCGAUGAGUACAGAAAAGAUUGGGAUCAACACGAGCCGUUGAGUCGAAGUUCCGCUAGAGGUACAAUUAGCAGCGUGCGACAUGUGCAUAGAAGAGACACAAUGAGUUAUGCCGAAUUAGGGCCUAGAAUUAGAGGUUUAUCUGAAGCUGAUGAUGAUCUGACGGGAUUCGACAUGGGAGGAGAUGCUCCCAUUUUCUUCGAUGAAACGGUCGAAGAGGAAGAACAAUCCAUAGAGGAACAGGAGGAAAUUAAGCCCGUUCUGGACCGGGAACCAUAUUAUGCCCGACACGACCAGGCCAUAGAAGAAAUCAAUGAACGGAAGACCCGCAAUUUUGUUAUUCAAAAAAAGUUAGCAAUGUAUUUUAAACGAAAAAAGAUGGAUUACGUGACAAAGGAAACAGACUGGUCCUUCGACCAACAGAACAAAUACAAUCGAAAGUUGGAGGCUUAUGGGGAGUUAAUCGACUUUGUAGCCAGCGAAAGGGACCGGAUUAGUCAAGAAAUUGCCAUCACUAAAAUUCAACGGGAAACUAAAUUUAAGGAACUCAGCCUCAUGUUUAAAAAAAUCCAAGCUAGAGAAGGAGAGAUCGGUUAUGGUCUCAUCAAUACCAAAACCGGUAAUGCCAUUCCUGAUAAGCUGGUUGAUCGGUUAAUUCAUCGCCAGUUGAUCCAGAUGGGCCAAGUCAGUUCAAUGCGGCUGACUUUUAUCAAGUUGAAGCAAAUGGUGCAAGAGAAACUGGAUGCUAUUGCCGACCUGAAUGAAAUCGCUCCAGGUUUUCUUUUGGCCGACUUCGAGCAGCUGAAAGUGAUGAACCAAAGCUACGGAGAUAAACUGGAGGAACGCGAUGAAGAACUAUCAAGAUUGAGAGCAAAGUGCGCGAGCACGAUUCAGAUUUUGGCGCAUUUAAGAGAAAAAUCUUCAGCUCUGCAAAACGACGUGGCCGAUUUGAUGGAGGAACGCAACGAAACGGAAUGGGAAUUUUUCAAUGUUCGCAGCACAUUAAAUCUAACCAAGCAGCAUAGGGACUACUGCAGGCAUGGUAUCAACCAAAUGCGGGAUGAUUCUGGACUUUUGACCCAACCGACUUUGCUGCGAGAUAUGGAGCAAGGGUUGGUUGAUGCCAAGGUGUUGGCAGGUGAAUUGCAGCAUGUGAUGGCCGAAUACAAGAAACGUGCAAGGCAAAUAAAACGGAUCCGGACACGUAUUGAAGAAGCUAAAGAAAUGCGCCGUUUGGGCAGAAGAUCCAGUCUGCGAGUACGAAACCCCUUUUUACAAGUCCGAACUGAACGAAGCGAUAGAAUAUGUAGAGGUAGACCGUCGCUGAUGAUGCCGACGAUAGAAGAAACGGCUUUUGAUAGUCUGAGGUCGAUUAAACCGAAAAUUACGUACGAUAGGCGACGACAUCCCUUAAAUCCCAAACUGUGCAAGAGGGCAGACGGUUAGGAUUAAUUUUCUAAUUGAAGAGCAGGGAUGGAUUUAGUUAAUCAUAUGCGUAUAGUCCGAUGUACAAUAAACUAUCAAAAAUUCCAAAUA